CGGAUACGUGUGUUUGUUACAUUAAUAUAACAUUUGUUGGAAUUCUAUAGGAUUAACGAGGUGUAACGGCUGAAUGGGAUGGAAAGAAUGUGCAUUGAGUAUUGUUGUAUUAAAGCUAUAAUUAUUUAUUAAAGUACAUACGCUGGUUUUAUAGAAUCAAGAUGUAAAGCAUGUUACACAGGCGCCAUAAUAAAUCAGCAUUUAAACUACUGCAUUAUCAAAUAAAAAGAUGAAUGAAAUAUUCCUUUUUAUGUGGAUGACUGACAAACGGAUCGAGUGCUAUAAAGGUUUUUUAGAUUUGUAAGAGAGUGUGUAACUGAACUGACGAUACUUAUUUCAAAAAGACAAAUGAAACAUGAAUAAAAUGUCUGUCAAUUAAUACCAAUGAAUAAAUAGGUACAAAUAGGUAUGUCAAAGUUAAAUAUUUAACAGGAAAAUGAAUGAACUGUUUAUCACUUUGAUUUUAUUGGAUAUGAAAGAAUGCACUACCUAUUAAUGACUAUUAAUUAUAAUGCUCGUGUCAGUAGCACAUCUCGGAAUAUCCAUUAGAUCUAUCUGCUGGUGAAUCAACGAUUGUGUGAAAUAUAUUUAUUGGAAACGAACAACCAGACAAUAAAGGGGCAAACAGAAACUAAAACUUUAAUCUAUACGGAUUAUGUUAGAGAUAUUACUAGGAAUUUGUUGUGCUUUGAGUCUGGUGUAUGUGUUCCUUUGUAUUUGGCGCAGACGGAAAAGGGAGCCACCCCCUGGUCCAAAAGGAUAUUUAUGUUGCGGAAACAGUUUUCAGAUUGAUGCUGAUCGGAUUCAUCAUAAUUUAAACCAACUUCGAGAAGAAUUUGGAACGAUUUAUCAACUGAAAUUAUACGGAACUUCUAUCAUUAAUUUGUCGUCAGUGUCUCUUUUGUAUGAUGCAUUUGAAACCCCGCCGACGGACGAAUUAGCUAAUGAUCGGUCGGCAAACUCUACCUCAGACAUUUUCUACGGAAGGAAGCAUAUGGGAUGUGCAAAUUUAUCAAGUACUACACUACUUUUGCGAGAAUUUCAUAGUAGUGCAAUACCAAGAUAUUUUGAAAAUGAACAUUACUUUGAAUUACUUAUUAAAGAAGAAGUGAAAAAACUGCAUUUAAACCUUAUAAGUAAACCGAGCUGCAAUAUUAAUCCACAUGCGUAUUUAAGGAAAUAUUUCAAAAACAUAUGCUCAGUACUGUUGAUUGGAGAAUCUUUACACGAGUCAGAUCCUGACAAAGACGCACCGUGGGAAUUCAUUGAUCACUUGUUUGAACUUAUUGAACCAUCAGUAGAUGGCGCUCUCAGAACAUUUCCGUUCUUGCGGUACCUGCCCGGUUACUAUGGAAACAUGUACAGACGGACAAUCGAAGCAAGAGACCAAGUUGCAAAACGCUUUUUCGAGGACCAGAAGAAAACAUACUUUUCUGGAAGAUUGCGGGGACUAGUUGACGUGUGUUUACAGCGCCAGUUAGAGGACAUCGCUAAGACUGGCAGCACUUUGCUAACAGAUGAACAUGUCAAGGGAUUCAUAUUCGAUACACUCGCGGCAGGUAUGACAGAAAUACUGAAGAGUAUUCGUCUGUUUAUUUUACUCAUGUGUCACUAUCAAGACGUACAGACACGUCUCCAAGCUGAAAUUGACUGUAUAAUCGGAACUGAACGGUUUCCCGCGGUAUCAGACCGGACGUGGAUGCCGUACACGGAAGCUGUCAUGCUCGAGCUGUGGCGGUAUGGUUCUCAGACACCUCUGGCUAUACCACACUUGUGUAAAAAGGAUUUUGUUUUAGACGGGUAUUUUAUAGAAAGGGGAUCCGUGAUUUUUCCCAAUUUGUACUGCAUACACCAUGAUUCCGAAAUCUGGGGUGACCCCUGGGACUUCCGGCCAGGGAGAUUCCUUGAUAGCAGAGGAGAUCUACUUCCGCCAGAGCAUAGCUUUAUACGAAAUGUAGUACCAUUCAGUGUAGGAAAACGCGCGUGUCCAGGACAGGACUUCGCACGAUCACGAAUCUUCAUUACAAUUACUUCACUCUUACAGCGCGUGCGCGUUCUACCACCGGAAAACUAUGACUUGCCGUCUGCUGACCCGAGACUAUACACGAGAAACUUUCCACUGACAGAACCUCAAUAUGAGUGUAGAAUCAUUCCUAGAGAAAACAAUAUUAUCUGAUCUCAUGAACCACCAGAGAGUUGUCAAGAAAGUCAUUUCAGACAGGAUGGAAGUUCCGUUUUCUAUUCAAGAAACUGGCAUUUAUUACAAUCUAACUAAUUCUCAAAAAUAACAAAGUUGUUAACAAAUUUUAUUAAUAGCAGACUUUUAAGUGUCGUGUGGCGGCUGUAAAAAGUCUACCCGUACUUAGACUCACUGUUGUGAUAUGUUCUGGUCCUUUGCGAUCAUGGACUCCUUUCAAUUUUACUAAAAUAGAAUUCCGCUUUAACAUGUUCUAGGCGAGUACGUCUCAUAAAACGCCUUGAUUAUACCGAGCCUGCUAUUAGAUUGAUGGUUUUGUUCAGUGCUUACAUAGAACCUUCUUACAGUGUUUAUUGUAAUAAAUGAAGUUUUAGUGUACCAAAAAUAAUUCUAAAUGCCUACUAGAACCAAUAGAGCCUGUCAAAUACUGUUUGUAAUAAAUAUAUUCAUUCUCGGUUUCAA